AUGGCUCUUAGGUUGCUUCCGGGGCUGAAGAGGAGUUUGAGUCCCGCUUGGCCGAUCGCCGCACGUUUCACCUCUACUCUCACCGCGACCGCUGGUGAAAACUCCCUCGCGAUCCCGUCUCUCAACACAUCCUUCUCCUAUCAAUGGCUACGGGAUUCUUGUCAAUGCCCGUCAUGUGUUCAUCCUUCCACACGUCAGAAGCUCCAUCGCACUUCGGAUAUUCCCUACAAUGUCGCCCCUGCUAAAGAGGGUGUUCGCGCCGGGCAGGAUGGCGUACACAUCAAAUGGACAAGCGGGCAUACCUCGUUCUAUCCUUCCGCAUUCCUUGAACGCUACGCCUCAUCCGAGAGACUGAACACCUUCCACAAGGAUGUCCACAAGCAGUCGUGGAACGCAAAAUCGAUCUCUCAGUCUUCGGAUCUAUUCUUGAGCUACGGCUCGCUGCGUUCCGAUGUCGGCCUGCUCGAUGCUAUAACCCAGCUAUCGAAGUAUGGUUUACUUUUCUUGACCGGUGUACCGAAUACGGAGACAUCAGAUGAGCGUUGUGAGGUCAGGCGGGUGGCAGAUACGUUUGGACAAUUGAGGUCGACUUUCUAUGGGGAGACAUGGGAUGUCAAAAACAUUGUGAAUAGCCGCAAUAUCGCGUAUACCAAUCUCUUCCUGGGAUUGCACACGGAUCUCUCGUAUUUUGAACAUCCGCCACGGUAUCAAAUCCUCCACUGUAUUCGCAACAGGGUCAAGGGAGGCACAUCCAUCUUCGUCGAUUCUCUCCAUGCGGCAAAAGCGCUUCGACAGAUUGACCCAACUGCUUUUUCGAUCUUGUCUUCCACUCCCGUGUCCUUCCACUAUAUCAACGAUGGGCAUCACCUGCACUACAACCAUCCCACCAUCCAGCACUCUCCUUUGGGCAACGAGAUUUCGUACAUCAAUUACUCGCCUCCGUUCCAGGCUCCAUUACCACGCGACACGCCACCUGGAUUCUACACGGCCCUGGAGCGCUUCAGUAACUUGAUGGAGGGUCCAGAGGCUAGGUUCGAGUAUACACUGAAGGAGGGUGAUGUGGUCAUAUUCGAUAAUCGGAGAGUCUUGCAUGCAAGGACGGCAUUUAUGGAGGCUGAGGAAGGCGCGGGCGGCGAAGAGACAAAUCGGUGGUUGAAAGGAUGUUAUUUCGAAGCCGACAGGAUGGCUGAUCGAGGCAGAAUUCUCAGAGAAAAGCUAGAGAGCGUGGCACUAUAG